UCAAAACACUUGACACAAAGAUCAUUGCUCUGACAGUAAUUCUUUGUAAUACGGGUUUAAGAAUGUGCGCCUUUAGUUUCUUGUUCAAAGUUUAUGCAAAACACUAAGCUGGAACGCUUCCCGAGAUCUCAGUCAAACUGUUUUCAGCAACAAUGCUAAUGUGGUAAAACAAUGAAAGUCAGUCAGCCGCUAUUAAGGAACUUUCUAUUCAUCCAACUACAUGACGUGUGUUUACAACAAAUGUGAUCAUGACGUUUUUGGGAAUGCAAACACGACAUUGAAAUACAGUUGUUUUAUCUGGAUGCAUACAACUUUAUCAAUACAGUUCCUAUAUGUGUACAUUAAGAUAUGCAUAUUACAGCUGAAGAAAGGACGUCAUAUGCAUCUGUAAAUUCAUUUUUGGUUGAACUAUUCCUUUAGGUCUGCCUAAAAAGAUUCAUGGGUAAUUUCAACUGGCACUUCUAACUAUGGAAAUAAUUCCCCAUUACAUUGAACAAACAUACAAAGAGGAAAUUAGCUGCAUCAAAGUAGGUUCUCCAUAAAGCGAUGUUAUAAAAAAACCUCACGCUCUGACCUCACACGAUUCACGAUGACUCUCAAUUGAAUGAAAAGAGCCUCUUGACAAGGUGCUUUAAAAAGCAACUGAACGCCUUGUAGCCAUUCUCUCUAGUCAGGGCAGCUGUGUGGAGGAGCCUACUUUAAACAGUUUACAUGAGAGGUGAUUGUGGCUCCACGGCCGCCCUGCACUUUCAGGGAUAAGGGUGGGUCUGAGGGUCUGACAGUUAUGGGUUGGGCAUUGGUGGUUGUACACAGAUCCCGGCGAGGUUCUCCUUGGCACAAUAGGUCACUGUUUCAACACCUCGUGAGCCGACUUACUACAAAGCUAUUUAAGACAUCGCCGGUGUGUUCUAGGCAGUUCUACGCCUAGAACACCUCAGCAUCACAUGUGUAGUUUGCGAAAGCAAUCCCAGAAUGCACUGGGAAGAGCGCACUGUAAAAAGUUAUGAGUUUUUUCUUAGUUUUAAUUAUUUAAUUAGUUUUUUUUACUUUACUAUUUUUAGCGAUGUUCAUGUUUUUGUGUGUAUUUAUUUAUAUAGGUUUAAUUUAUUUUAUCACAGUUUAAGUUCAGUUGCAAUUUUUUUUUAGUUAACAAUUUACGGAAUUUAAUCUUUUUAUUUAACUUUAUUGCUAACAGUUGCAGUUAACAAAGAUCCUGAAUGCUAUGCCUCUCAUGCUUGCUUUGUUUUUGUCAUUUUACAAUGGUCUGUUUAUAAUAGUGAUAAUGUUAAAUGGCCUGAAAGGCAAUUUAGUAAUUCUGCAUUUCAUAUUUUUUCUCAUGUUUCUGAGAAAGGAUGGGUAAUUAUUUUAUUUGGAACAUACGAAACAACAUACAUACAUUUUAUAUAACUUAAUUGAUUGUAAUUUCCCUGGUUUGUAUAACAAAGUGCACUUUCACUACAGUUUAGGACACAGACUGGGUUAUGGUUUAGAUCCAAAAGAUAGGCUUUUAAAAUAAACGCGCCUGUAAUAACCAAUAGACUGACAAAAUAAAACAACCACUCAAACCUGUCACACCACACCAAAGUCCUUUCUGUGGAAAGGUAAUUCAUAACAACACAGACAUAGAAACACUGACAAGUAACGGAAGAAGAAUUCCACCUAAUCUUUUAUGAGGCUGGUAUAAACGUGUUAACAAAUAAGUGCAAGAUAUAAAGGGUUCAGUCAGUCCUCUUAAGCUGUGAAAUAUACCAGUAACGCUGACAAAAUCAAAAGCUCUCUUUACAAAGCUACAGACUGGUUUUUAUUCAUUUACAAAGAGUUUCCAAAAGCUACAUUUUCAGACUGUCAUUGUUAGAAUGCAACACCCUAAAGUUACUAUUCAAAUUGCUUAUGAUAUUACACCCAUAACUGCACCUUUUAACAUCAACUUGUUCCUUUCUGAACAAACAUCAACCUCAACCGUACCUUACUUUCACAGCAAAAACCUUCGGAGAAGGGAAGAAAACCCUCCCUCCUGUUCAUAUGUCGAACGCUUUGAGUUUUUUCUUCUUAACUUUUAUAAACACAAAGACGAAGCCUGACACACUCCAGGAGUCAGAGCAGGAUCUCUUUGCCAGACACCGUCUAACUGAACAGCGAAAUGAACAAACACACCGUUUCAAUCAAAUAAAUGUUUUUUUGUGAAACAAAGAGCAAAGCUUUACUAGUUUACAACCAAAGUGUAGAUCUAGAUGGGAUAAAAAAAACUGACUUUCCAUUUAAACCGUUAUAAUGCUAUUAACAAUGUUGUAAUAAAAAGAUAUUACUUAUUAAAAAAGAAGCAUUUUCAUUAAACACGCCCCUUUGUUUUGAGUAAACCUUCUUCCAAUUCCACAUUGGCAAGGUGGAAAACAGAUGUGCCUGGACCUGUGCAGCCUAAACAUAAUAUGAUAAUGGAAGAGAACAAACCACCAAGACAAGUUCAUAGGGCUCACUUUCCUGAGGCUAUUAUUUAAUUCAAACAUGAAAUGGAGAACGAAGCACCUUGUGAAAAGACCCCUCAAAAGGCCUUAAAUGACCUCCACAUUCACCAGACUUUGGUAUAGUAGAGCACCAUUAGGAUGUGGUGGAACUGCAGAUUUGUGUCAUGAAUGUGCAUAAAAAAAAACCAAAACCCCCGGCAGGAACUAUGUGAUGUCCCAUAAAGACAUGAUCCCAGAAUAAUGUUUCCAGUAACUUAUUGAAUCUAUACAUAGAUUUAAAAGAUUUAAGGUAAAGAAGGCCCAAGAACAUAUGUGCAAGAAUGCGUAAACUGUAGAGAGAGAGAGAGAGAGAGAGAGAGAGAGAGAGAGAGAUCCAUAAUAAAGCUCAUCGGGGACAAAGGCAGACUGAAAUCCUCAAAUGUUGUUUAUGUGAGAACAACACUGUGACGUUAAGUGUAAAACAAACAGAUAAUAACAAUCCAGAUAAUAACUCUUCCCUCUACCUGCAUCUGCCCCGAGCUCCAGAGAAAGACUGAGGGACAAAUAUAAACAUCAGCAUUGAAGGAAAUGACCUCCCAGGACCACUGGAACCCCUCCAGUGUCGACAUGAGUUUAACUCACGAGUGAGCGAGAGAAAGGAGGGAGGGGCAAAGCAAGUCGGCAGGCAGACACAGAAUGAGAGAGGAAGGGGCAGACGACGCAUGGAAGUUUUAAACCUGUGAACACCAUAGGUGAUGGGGAAAAGAGAAUUCGACCAAAUCAUCACGAAUCAGACGAAAAAAAUUGUCCCAUAAGUUACGUUUUUUUGUUUUUGUUUUUUCUGUGCACAUAUAAAACGUGACAACCUAUAAUCUGAGGGACACGUUUUCAUGGAAUUGUACAGCACGGGGUGAAUAAACAGAGGAAACCAAUCAGUUAAGGUAAGUACGACUACAAUAACCGAAUAUCAUGAUAUUUAAGCAUGACGAAAAAAUUAAACAAACAAUGGCGACUUAUUUAAACUAUGAUUUAUAAAUGGCUAACUGAAAACCAUGUAAAAAUUGUUUCUCCUAGUGGCAAACAAAAUCAUUUUCUCACAAAAUUAUCCAAUUUCUACAGCAAAAUUACACAGUAAGAAACACAAAUUUUCUCAAAACAUCCGAGUCAUUCGACCAUUCAGAUUCAAUUAUAUUGCAACACAAUAAAAAAAAAAAAAAACCUUAUUCAUCAUGCAACGCUUCCAUCUGUGACUGGAAAAGUCUAAAAAAAAGUGUUAAGUGACAAGACUAAUCCUCUAAUGUAAAUAUUUCCUCUUUUAGUUUGCCAGUGGUGUAAAAACACAGCGACACAGAUGGACGAGACCUUGUUUGCCUUGAUUCUGUUUGGAGGUUAAAACUUCACGACCCCAAGACAAAGCUUUCUGCAUGCACAUGGACAGACAAAAGAACAAAAGAAAGUGAAAUUGUUGGAAACAAUCCGUUUUUCAAGCGAAUGGUAGUGUCAAUUGAACCGAACCUACCACCACACACUGAUCGGAGGGGAUCUGUUACAAUGCUGGACAAGCCUCUGGAAAAAGCCGAAGCACAACUCGCCGAAGCAGCACGACUAGCCACAGCAUCAUGUCCCAACGAGAGGCGUCCCUGCUGGAGCUCAACCGAACGUGGAGCAGCGAUGGGACAUUUUCUCAGUCCGGAGAUCGACUCUGUUGGGCUGCGUUGCUUAUUGUUUUGGUCAUCAUCCCCACCAUCGGUGGAAACAUCCUGGUCAUUCUCGCGGUGUCACUGGAAAGAAAACUCCAAAACGCCACUAACUUCUUCCUGAUGUCUUUGGCUGUGGCCGAUCUGCUGGUGGGUGUGUUAGUCAUGCCCAUUGCUCUGGUGACUGUGCUAUUUCACUCCAGAUGGCCUCUUCCAGAUUUCUUGUGCCCUAUCUGGCUGUUCCUGGAUGUCUUGUUCUCUACGGCCUCUAUCAUGCACCUGUGCGCCAUCUCUCUUGACCGCUACAUAGCAAUCAAGAAACCCAUCCAGCACAGUCAGUUCAAGUCUAGAGCCAAAGCGCUGGCAAAAAUUGCACUUGUCUGGCUGAUCUCUGUAGGUAUUGCAAUACCCAUUCCAAUUAAAGGACUACAGGUCUCUGCUCAUCCAAACAUUACUUUCAACAAAAACCACACCUGCCUGUUGUCGCCAGAAGGUUUUGGGGACUUCAAGGUGUUUGGUUCAUUGACAGCUUUCUUUAUUCCUCUUGCGAUCAUGAUGAUUAUCUACAUGUUGACAAUCCAAGUACUGCGCAAGAAGGCCUACCUUCUGAGAUCGAGAGCUACAAGGGCUACCAUUUCAACAGUCUCCCAACAGGAAGCUCCCUCUCCCCCCGAGAAACUAGUCAUUCUUGACGGAAUGAAAAAGGACCGAAUACAGAACCUAGUCAACUCAGUCACAGGUGAUGAGCUCCCUAUCCGCAGGAUGUCCUCCAUGGGGAAAAGAUCUAUGCAAAACCUGACCAAUGAACAAAGGGCAUCAAAAGUCUUGGGGAUUGUAUUCAUGUUGUUUGUUGUGAUGUGGUGUCCCUUCUUUAUUACUAAUGUGACGUCAGUACUCUGUCAGGGGUGCAAUAGCAAUCUAGUGGAACAGUUGUUGGAUAUUUUUCAAUGGGUGGGCUAUGUUUCAUCAGGCAUCAAUCCUCUGGUCUACACCCUGUUCAACAGGACAUUCCGGGAGGCCUUUACGCGCUACAUAAUGUGUAACUAUAGUAGCACAAGGACUGCAAAAAUGCAGCGAAGAUCCAGGAUUUCUUUUCGGUCAUCCGUUGCAGAGAACUCAAAGCGGAUUAUGAAAAACGGUAUGAAAAAUGGCAUCAGCCCUGUGAGUUAUCAGAGUCCCCUACGCCGUCGCCCGACGAAUCUACAGACGUCUACAAACAUCACAUUGGACACGUUGCUCCUGACAGAGAACGAAGACUGUAAACCGGAUGAAAAUGUAAGCUAUGUGUAGCUUUCUUUUAUUGGAUCAGGAAUGGCUGGAUCGCAAGACAAGCCAGAGACCAGAUGGAAAACUAUCGAACGAUGGAACGAUCUAAAAAGGGCAUGGGUUAGUUUUUCAUUGCAGCCAGAAAACUCCUUAAAGCCUUGAGUUGGGGGAAAGAACAUCAAGGACUUGCUCUUGGGUGUGAAAAGGCAGCAUGUGGACUGUGAGCACAUCCUGAACAAGUGGGUUGACUUGGUGAACAAUGUGAAACAAACAUGAGACAAGCAAGAUAAGCACAAUGCUAAAAUCACACUUCCACUUACCUUCUGGACACAAGGGAAAAUAAAUCUGAUUUUUUUAUUGAUAUAGAGCAGCUGAUAUUGAAACAACACUGAGGGCUUUUCAUAUGAAAACAUGCAAAUGUACAAAAGAAUGAUCAAGAUGUAGAUGCUGAUUUAAAAAUGCUUUUCAAAUAUGCUGAAUAAACUUCAUUGUUUGUCUAUAAGGAAAAAAACACAAAAUGUUCCUUUCAUAUUGAAUAUCCACCCAAACGCAAAAAAUAUAUUGUCAUAUACACUUUGCUUUGAACCUGACAGACGCUUAGCUAAACCAAUUUUAAAGCGGCCGUAUCUCAGACAGUUUCUGCAUAUCUCAUGUUAAUCUUGAGUACUUACAGAAUAGUAUCGCACCCUUCAAAUAUCUGUAGAGACUUUAGUUUGAUCACAUUUAUAAAAGACAGAUACACCUGUACGAUUAUUUCCAAAAACAUACGACGCGUGUGGGAGGAACAUCAGUUUCACUUACCGCAUGCGGUUCAUGUCCAGCAUCAUUAAUUGCUGGGACCGCCGUUCCAUCUAUCAGAUUCAAACGAUCUCCAAAUCCAGUGUUAUAUCCACCGUUUAUAUAACAUUCAUCACCCAAAUGCAGUGAACAACAAAUACAGCUGAACUUCGCGAACGUAGUGCUCUCACUCUCUCCUCACUCUCCCGCUUCCUUGGUUGAAGCGUGCCGCAUGCUUUUCCGGGAGAAUUGUCCAAUAAGGGACUAAGAAAAGUUGUUACAAAACGGAUUUUCAUAUUAGAAAAAAACUUUCAGAAACCUGUAGGAACGCUGGGGGAGUGUAUCGAGCACAGAAAUACUACACCAUACGCCCAACUCGUUUUUUGACAAGUUGACCAUGUCAAGCAUGCGAUGACAACACGUUUAACAUCGUAAAUAACUCAGAAUGCAUGAAACACCGUUGCACGGCCGCUUUAAGCUUCACCUUAUAUCAGCCGCUAGGAGUUUAAUAUCACAUCUCAAUGUUCACAAUGCAAAGUGACCAAAAAUCACAAGUAAAAACAAAAUCGACAUGAUCUAUACAUUAAAAUGACAUGACAAAUUAGUCUGUGCAGCAAUCCUUAUUAACACCCACAAGACGAGAGGUGUCUUACAGUCCGGAUGCUCAGGGAUGAAAGGGGGCCCGCAACAGUAAGAAACAGAAAACUGUUGAAUAGAUGCAGCUCUGCGUGCUCUCUAAACACAGGAAGGAUUUACAUUUGGUUUUUUACUGCCAAUUGAUCAUGAGAAUAUCGCAUGGCCUUUUUAGGGCUUAAAAAAAGUUCACCAGUUCCUCUACUUGGCCCACAACCCUGAGGGAAUGUUGCAGGAGUAAAUUCACUACUGGCCAUGAGAGAAAUAAACAAAAGAGAAAAGAUAUGACAACAAAUGGUCGUUUACCUACAUACAUGAUUUGUAAAGGUAUACAAAGAUGUUAAAGCCAGCUCGGAAUGCUGAUAUGGUUGAUUUAUACUACUAUUGAGUAGCUAAAUUAAGAAGCUGUGCGCUAAAAAUGGGUUGGUUAGGUCGGCAGAAGUCGAUCACAGAGUUUCUAAUACUUCGAAUGUUUUUGAGCUGGUUCUUAAAACCGAGAUGCAUUUUCUAGAUGUUUUAAUGUGCUUUGCAAAAUAAAUACUUCAAUAAAUGCUAAGAGGUCAUGUUCUUUGAUGCUGCCAAUAGAUUUAUCCGACAACUUUUUCUUAUAAAAAUUCACAUAAAUGCUUUAGACAGAGGCAAAGUAUUUUUCGGAUUGUUCCUCAAACAAAGCUAGUAAACUUUAAUACAAUGUAUGAGCGUAUGGGAUACAUGGGCACCCUCUCUAUGACAGACAAAGCUAGUGCCCCUGGGCACGACAGCAGGAAGAGAUCCAUCUCUGUGUUUCCUCUGGAGGUUUUAAUAGGGGCAACAAGCACUUGAGGCGACACUCCAAACACAUUUUGAAAGCGCAGCAGAAGAAUGGGCGGAAUCUCGUCUGUGUUUACGCUACAGGUUGAUUAAUCUGGUUUACUGGCAAGCACUUAGAGAGCGGCCCGUCCUGACAGGGUCUGUUUAAAAUGAAGCACGGGACGAGACAACGGAGAGGGGUGAUGAAGGAGACAGGUAAGAACAGA